GUCAUCCCCUGGCUCUGUAGCCCUUUUGUGUAAGUGCCUGGCAAGGGUAACGUGGGGCUGUGCCUGGGAGCACAGCUGCGACUCUGCUGGGGAGGAAGCAGGGCCAGGGCAGCUCUGCCCUCCCCGAUCCUCCCCUGGGGCUUCUUCAGCCGUGGGGACACGCACCCCAAGGGCCUCUGCUUGGCCUGACCCUGCUGCAGGGGCUCUUUUUCCCCACUGACAGUGGAGAUGGCCAGUUUUUUGAGCUCCUCUCUGCCCAGCUGCCUCCCCUCCCUCCUCUUCCUCCUCCAGCUGUCUUCCAGCUCUGCAGGACAGUUCAGAGUAAUGGGACCAGGGCAGCCCAUCCGGGCGCUGGUGGGGGAUGAAGCGGAAUUACCCUGUCGCAUAUCUCCAGGAAAGAAUGCUACAGGCAUGGAGGUGGGAUGGUACCGACCCCCCUUCUCCAGGGUGGUUCAUCUCUACCGAAAUGGCAAGGACCAAGAUGAAGAGCAGGCGCCUGAAUACCGGGGCCGCACGGAGCUGCUGAAAGAGACUAUUGGGGAGGGAAAGGUGACCCUCAGGAUCCGGAAUGUAAGGUUCUCAGAUGAAGGAGGUUUCACCUGCUUCUUCCGAGAUCAUUCUUACCAAGAGGAGGCAGCAAUAGAAUUGAAAGUGGAAGAUCCCUUCUACUGGAUCAACCCUGGAGUGCUGGCGCUCAUCGCGGUUCUGCCUGUGCUCCUUCUGCAGAUCACUGUGGGCCUUGCCUUCCUCUGCCUGCAGCGCAGACUCAGAGGAAAAAUUCCAGCAGAGAUAGAGAAUCUCCACCGGACUUUUGAUCCCCACUUCCUGAGGGUGCCCUGCUGGAAGAUAACCCUGUUUGUAAUCGUGCCAGUUCUCGGACCCCUGGUGGCCUUGAUCAUCUGCUACAACUGGCUACACGGACGACUAGCAGGGCAAUUUCUUGAAGAGCUAAGAAACCCCUUCUGA